GUAAUCCCCUACUUCAGAGACCCGACUGGGUGAGGAUUGCAAUAGCAAAGUAUUUGAUGUGCGAGAAUGCCUGCGAUCGUGCUGAAUUUGCAGCUGAAUGAUGAAAUGGGACCCAAACCACGCCGCACCGUUUUCAUCCAUAAAAUGAUCGAGCAUUACAGUAUGUUUCGUCAACAGACCCAUGCACUGUGAAAAAUCAAGUGGUUCCUGGAUUCAGCUGCAGCUCUAUAUAUGUAAUGCCGCGGCGGAAUGCGUAAUCAGUGUUCUCAGUUAGUUUCAAAGUCAUUUCGCCUUUAGAAUAUUAUGCAUGUGAGACGGCGCUCCGCCACUAACAUCUUUUGCUUUCGUUGACGGAUGCGCUUCCACACAGUCGGCAGAGGCAGCACGUCACUGCUGGGCCGAGCUCUUGAGGCGGACGAUGAGGGCGAUGCACCUCCCGCCGAUGUGGGCUGCGGCGGCUUGGCGGGCGCGCUGGCUCGUCGGCAGCGGUCGGCGCUGGUGGCUCUGGCCUGCCCCGACCUGCCGCCGUCGGCCCUGUCCGGCCGCGGCCUGCACCUGCAGGCCCAGCAGCGCGCCCGCUGCGCCCUGGGCCGCCACGAGCGCGCGUGCGUGUCGGGCUACCGUCCGCACCUGCGUGCCGCCGCCACCGCGCGCGCCGUGAUGGCCGUGCACGCGGGCCUGGCGACGGAUGAGGCCGCGGAGGCGCGGGAGCGGCAGGAAGUCGAGAACCUGCAAAAGGAGCACCAGAUCUGGGAGCGGCUGCUGAAGGCAGCCAAAGAGUAUGCUGUUGCGAACAGAGAGCUUGACGCCGCUUCUGACAAGGACAACAAGCGCGCGAGCAAGCUGAGGAAGCUUGGCGAGGCGCUAAAAGCGGUCAUCGCCGCAGUCGAGGCGAUUGACUAUACAGAUGUGCUGAACGAGCUGAUGCAGCAGACUCCUUGUGGGCCGGUUGCGGAGGCGCGACAGUCUAUAACUGCAUGCGGCAGCAUGCUGUACCGGCCAAUGGAGGGCGUGGCGAUGCCCGCCUGGCUGCAGUCGUGGGAGGCAUUGCACCUCGACCCAGCCCGCGCGGCGCUGCUCCUGCACUGUCACAUGGUCCUGGCAAAACCGGCGGUACCCUACGAAGAGCUGGCAGCGGCGCACGCCACUACAGUGCUCGGCCGGCACGUGGAGCAGCUGGGACGCGUGGAGGUCAGCUUCCUGCCGGCGGGCCUCUCACAGCAGGGGCACCAGGCGGCCGCGGCGGAUCUCGCGGUGGGCCUCUCGCGCUACUGGGGCCGGGCCGUAAGCGGCGCUGCGGGCGCCGGUGGAGCUGGGGUCGCGGCUGGAGGUUCCACGGGCGCCCAGAGCCCGAGCGGUGCGGAGGCGGCGUCCGAGGUGCUGCUGUGCCCUGAGGUGAUGGUCCUGGCGACUGUGGUGUGGGCCGCACAGGCACUGGUACUGCGCGUGAUUGGGGACGACGACGGCGCCGCCGGCGCCACUGGAGUGCUGGCGGCGGUCACGCGGCCGGCUGUGCUGCUGCGCGUGGCGCGCGUAUUUAGUUCGGAGCUGCUGUUCCGCACGCCCGGCGGCCUCGCGACCUUUCUCUUUCGCACCGCGCUGCAGUACCUUUUCUCCAUGCCCCUGGCCACGGCGGUGGAAAACCUGCACAGCAGCGGCAAGGACGCCGCCGCCGUUGCUGCCGCCACCGCAGCGGCAGCGGCGGGCGCAGAGGGCGCGCAGCAGCAGCUAAUGGAGCGGCUGCGCCCGCUGUACGUGUCGGAGCGGGAUGGCAUCCGGGCGGGCGUGAAGAGGCAGGAGAAGGAGGUCCAGGACACGGCCGCGCGGCUGCUGGGCGGCAGCUUGGCCGCCUCGCAGGCUGUGGCUGUGUCGCCGGGCGGCAGGGCGGCGGCGGAGCUGGCGCAGCUGCGGGAGGAGCAGUUCAAGAUGAUACGGACGGAGUCGUGGUCCCGGCUGGCGCAGCGCUUGACGGACGCCAUCUUCAAUGCGCCAUGGCCAGCAGCGGUGGCAGCGGCGGCAGGAGCGGAUGAGGCGCCGGCAGCCGUCAGAGACGGUGGCGCUGUGCGGGCGCCUGCGGCCGCGCUUGCGCCUGUGCCAGCGCCGCCGCCCACGCCAGUGCUGAUGCUCCCGCACCGCGCCCGGGUCGAUGUUGAGUUGAGGGGCGCCGGGCACGAUGCGCGGAGCGGCAAGGCCAGUGAGGCCCAGCUGCGGGCCCUGUUCCACUGGGCUGGGCAGGAGUCCAUGAGCAGAGAAGCGCUGGCGCGGGCGAUGCUUGGCGCGCUGGCGCCGUGCUGGGAGGCGAACAUGGGCUGCACGUCGUGUGGUGCCGCCGCGCCGUGUACCAGCAGCUUGACGGCGUGCGACCCCACCUACAGCCCCGGGCCCCACAGCUCGCUGGUGCUGCAGGGCUCGCCCGCCAUCUGCUACAGCCUCGCCCGCACCGCCGCAGUCAACUACGUACUGGACAGGGUGGCGCGGGGGAUGGCGGCGAUGCAAGUCGCCUUUGAGGUCCACGAUGACGCCUCCAACGCGACGGGAUCAGCGGACGCGGAUGCCGAUACGCCCCAUCCGGCCUCGACUGCCAGUGCCGGCGGUGACUCAGGCGGCACUGUAACUAGAGAUGCGCUCAUUUUUGCCAACAAGCUGCAGGCACAGCUGCCCCGGUAUCAACGCGCGGUUGGCUGGCCGCUGGUGGUGACGCUGUCAAGCAGCGAGGAAGAGCGGGCGGAGCACGCGCGCCGCAUGCCUGCGGACUUGCUUAUGGAGCUGCCGCCCCUACGCACGGAGCCGGACAUCCCAGGGCUGCUGCAGCAGCGGGCCUGCCUAGUCGCCACGUGGGCCGCACACCAGCGGCCAUGCUCGCAGCCAGACCAGCGCUCCCCGGGCCCGGAGACAGGUGUGGAGCCGCCGGACGCGGCGGGCGCUAGCGCUGCUGCGCAAGCGCCAUCACCGGCUGGCGACUGCUCGGCGGCGGGCUUCCAGGAGGCUGUGUCUAAGGCCAUAUCUGCGGCGCCGCAGGUGCCUCUGGCCGCCGGCAGUGAUGACACCAUGGCUGCCUUCGCGGUGCGGCGACUGGACUCGGAGCUGCAGCGGCGGCCGCUACGGGCCGCGUGGCUGCAGCCAGCGAACGGAGAGCAAACGACUGCGGCGGCGGUGGCGCUUGCGGAGCACUCACACCGCCUGCGCGCCAACGCCGCGGCGCCGCGUGAGUUGGUGGUGGUGCCGCUGCUGGAUGACGCGGCUCUGCGCGACUCCGACAUCGCGCAGCACCUGGAUGGCAUAGCCUGCCUGGUCCUGCGGGCUUUGUCUGAGGCCUUGACAUUUUUAGAGGACGAGGAGCCGACAGCGGAGGUUGAGGAGGCGGCCGCGGCUAAGGAUGAGGAUGCCGGGCUUGGGUACAUGUACACGUGCCGCGUUCAACACAUGCAUUGGCAGUAUCACCUGCCGCUGGCGCUAAACCGCGCCCUUUGCCGGCUGGCAGGGGUGCCGUUUGACCUCAUCGGUUGGACGCUCUCCGACCUCAGCCAGACACUGGCGGCGGGUCCUGGCGGCUGUGAAGCGGCGCAGGAGGGCGAGAAGCUGCUGAAAUUGCAGAUGCAAGUGGUGGACGCUAACAGGAAGUUCGUAGACCACUUGUUUAUGCGAAUGGAGGGAUUCAUCGAGGCGUGCUCAAGGCAGCCGCCGCAGGCGAUGGCUCAGGCGGUGCAGGCGACUUUGGAACCGCUGAAGCAGCUGUGCGGCGCGCUCAACGACAUCAUCAAUGUCUCGGACUCGGAUGUGGAUGAGGCGGGCGACGCGGAGGAAGGUGCGGGGAGGAGUGUCGGGUCGCGCAUAAUGGCCCCCGACAUCUUCGGUGACCUGGUCCCGUCGGCGGAUGCGCGGCACCACUAUGGAGGCGCGCUCGGCGCCUAUGACUGGGACAGGAAGCGCACCAGCAAGCAGGCCCUGCAGCUGCUGGUGGCGGAGGUGGCGCCGGGGCGGCCGGCGGAGCUGCUGGCAGGUACGCAGGCGUACCAGGCAAUGGAUGACCUGGACUAGGCUGUAGGCCUCGAGGGGGCGGGCACGGCCGGGCCGUCUGGGUGGGAGCUAGUGUAGCCGUGCCUUUACAGCCAGUUGACGCAGUUGCGGGCCAGUUUGAUGCCAUGGAGGAAGGCGUCGGGCCAGGCUUGAAGCCUUGAACGCACCUGGUGACCUGGCUACCGCUAGCGCGGGGUAACGGAGCUUAUGCGCUGGGUGGCACUCUGAGAGGCGUAGCCCCUUGACCCUGACCCUGACCCUGACAAGGGGUGUCAGCUUAGUACAGCUGGAAAAUGGGCUGAGCCCCUAGAGCAAGGGAUGUGACGAUGGGUACCGGCGACAUAAACAGCACCCUUGCAAGCCCAGCGGGACUGGCAAAGGGGCAUACCAAAGGCACCGCCACGCCCUGUCCACGCCACUCCACACAUGAGCCCGUGAUACCUCAUUCCAAAUCCCUCACAAGGACCACAAACGGCUAGUGGGGCUCGGGCGCGUGAUCCGGGGCCGCGACAUAAUUAAGGCGGGAUCGGCACGCAUGGUUCGGCUGUUGCACAAACUUUCGACAUUCUUGCCCCAAGACGCUUGUCGUCGACAUAUUUUGAUACAUGGUUGUAAGAUAUUCAGGGCCCGAGAGCUGUACUCGCGGACUGAAGAAAGUCAAGAUGUCCAUGGACUCGCGAGGUCGCUUCUCGCUCCGGCCGAGUUUUCCCUGCCGCCUAUUUUUCUACAAUAGGGAAUAGCAAUUAAUAAUACGUGGCGCUCACGGUUUGUGCCAGUUUGGCACUUUUUGGCAAUCCUGGGGCAAUCGCUUCGCUCGGGGGGCUCAGCCCAAAAACGGGAUGGGGGCUCCGGCUGGGGAGGGAUGGGGGGUUCGGUGCGAGCUGGUGAGCUCAAGGGCGCGUGUGCUAAUUGACACGGAGGAGGAUGGCGGCACGGAUGGGCGCGAGGUCAGCGCGGAGCAGGGCCUGCACUUACUCGGUGACGACGUACCGUAAUGCCGCAUUGCCUCGUGAACCGGCUGGUACUCCCGGCGGGCGGCGGCUGACUGCGAUAGGGAAUGAUGUGAUGAUACGGUGCGGACCCUUGGACCCCCAGUAGCGACAGUGCGUUCUGGGUGGCAGCUCGCGCCCUUGCUGGCGUUGAUUUGGAUGGGGGCGCUGGCGUAGCUGUCGCAACGAUGAUCGGAUUAGUAUACAAGUCAUGCUUCCUCGAGUGUUGCAGGGUGCCGCGCCCAGUGUGCGAUGGGGGCGCCAAAACGUGGUAAACUGUGGCACAGGCGCAAUGCCGAUCUGUCAUCUG